AUGCACAACAUUAGUCUAAACAUGCCACCAAUGGUUCAAACAUUCGACCCCGAACACAUAUUCAAAAACCGUUGCAUUUGGGUGAAUGGACCUGUAAUAGUUGGUGCUGGUCCUUCAGGCUUAGCAGUUGCAGCUUGCCUAAAAGACCAAAACUUCAUCAACUACCUCGAAUCGUAUGCGAAACACUUCAACAUAAAACCGAAUUUCAAUGAAACAGUGCAGUCUGCUAAGUAUGAUGAAAUCUUCGGUCUUUGGAGGAUUAAGACUAUUAGGAAAAAAAGCGAUGAAUUUGUAGAAGUUGAGUAUAUUUGUAGGUGGCUUGUUGUUGCUACGGGCGAAAACGCGGAGAAAGUUGUUCCCGAGUUUGAAGGUUUGAAUGAUUUUGGUGGACAUGUUAUGCAUGCUUGUGAUUAUAAAUCUGGUGAAGGUUAUAGUGGAAAGAAAGUUCUUGUUGUCGGGUGCGGAAAUUCGGGCAUGGAAGUUUCUCUUGAUCUUUGUAACCAUAAUGCAAAUCCAUCAAUGGUUAUAAGAAGCUCCGUUCAUGUGUUGCCAAGGGAAGUGUUUGGAAAAUCAACUUAUGAGUUAGCAGCUAUAUUGAUGAAAAAGUUACCAAUUUGGAUGGUUGAUAAGAUAUUGCUUCUUCUCACUCGUUUGAUUUUGGGGAAUGUUGAAAAGUAUGGUGUUAAACGGCCAUGUAUGGGACCUUUAGAGCUUAAGAACAUUUUCGGGAGGACACCAGUUUUAGAUAUUGGCGCACUCGAGAAAAUUAGAUCUGGAAAAAUCAAUGUUGUUCCCGGAAUUAAGAGAUUUUCGCAAGGGAAAGUCGAACUCGUGAAUGGAAAUUUUCUUGAUAUCGAUUCCGUUGUUCUUGCUACCGGGUAUAGAAGCAAUGUACCUUCAUGGCUUAAGGAGAAUGAAUUUUUUUCGGAUGAUGGAAUACCGAAAGAUCCAUUUCCGAAUGGAUGGAAAGGAAAAGCUGGUUUGUAUGCAGUUGGAUUUACAAGAAAAGGACUUUCUGGUGCAUCAUUGGAUGCCAUUAGUGUAUCUCAUGACAUUGCUAAAAGUGUGAGAGAAGAAACAAAACAGAGAAAAAAAACAGUGGCUGCACGUCAUAGGAGAUGCAUUUCACAUUUCUAA